AUGGGAGCAACUCCACAUCCAACUUACUGGACAAGUUUAUUUGAGUAUUACGAUGCCUUGCUUGCAUCAAAGUAUUCUAUUGUUGAAAAUAUCAGACCUGUUGGACACCAUGCAAAGAGAUUGGAUCCUACCUACGAACAGAGUGAAAUUUUAAAUAAUUGGGUAGCGGAAGCAUCUCUAUUAGAUAGAUUGGCGUCUGCAUAUUACAUAUUGGUUUGUAUAUUUGUAGGGAUAUCUAAAGCAGCAGGACCAUGUAUGAAAGAUAAUUCAUUAGAAGAUUUGCCAUUUAUACUAUUAUUAUUCAUUUGGACACUACCCAUAAUUUACGUAAAAAUAAGAAAUGGAAAAGUAGUAUAUAAAUUGUCAAAAAGAUCCUUUCGAGAUGCAAAAGAAGGAGAGGAAGAAUUUAAUGAUAGUUUGCAAACCAAUCAAAUAGAAAAAAUACCUGUCACAGCUUUCGGCGAACAGGACCUUCUGUACAAACAAAUAUAUAUUGCAAUGCCUGCUUUAGUUUCAAUAACAACACCUUGGUUAGCAGUAAUCAUAGCAUAUUACACUCCCCAAUUGGAUUUUUCUGCCGGACAUUUGUGGCUUUAUAAUGGUUGUACUUUUGAUUCUGUUGAGUCUGUUAGCGGGCACAAAUUCACGGUGGAUAAGCUUAUUCGGUCCCUCUUGUGA